CUUUGCGGCUUUUUGUUACCUUCGCGGCUUUUUGUUGCCUACGCGGCUUAUUGUUGCCUUCGCGGCUUCACUUUUUUUUAUAAACAAAGAAAAUGAAAAAAAAAAUCCCUGAACCGCUACAAACUUUUAGUUUGUUCGUUUUUCUUCUGCCUUGCAUCUUAUUGAUUAAUUGUAUGAUGUCAAUCUACGAAUUUUCAAUUUUUUUUAAAAAUAACAUCAAGGUGGAAACUCUAAUUGAAUACGGGUCACUUAAUGAGGCACGCUCAGUUUAUUCUAAUCGGGACACUCAACCUCAGGAUAGCUACAUCAACAUCAUACCAGAAUGAGGUACACAAAAAG